ACGUUGGUUGAUCACACUCCAAUCUAACUAAAAAUCGACUAUACUCACAAACACACGCACGCACACAUUCGCAUCCAGUCCAAAUGCAGUGAACACAUUCGCACACACGCUUUCUGUUGAUUCUCUUGGUUCGGUGAACGGUUCGGUUUUGGUGUGCGUUUUAAUGAGACACCGGUAAAGACGCUACAGCGCUGCCAAUGGCAUAACAACAAAAUUUUUGCUUGUUGAGGGGAAACUCAACCGAUUGCGUUGGCAGGGCUGCCAAAAACAUGAAAUUCGCUCUGAAUGACAGCGCGUUGCAACAAUUUUAAAAAAGUACUCGGUUAUUUUCGGGAUUUUUCGAUUAAAAUGCUAUGUUUUUCAUUAAAAACUCAUUUUUCUGUUCAAAAAAAUUCAAAUCCCGAUUUUUCGUUUCGAUUUUUCCAUUUAGCAUGCAAAAAUGAUCACUUUUAUAAAAAUCCAUGGAAUCAACCGAUUUAACGGUUUUUUUUUCGUUCCGUUGUCAGUUUUCAAUGCAUGUUUCACUUCGUUGACAGUUCGUUGGAAACCUGUUAACUUCGGCUAUGUGACGUUUGAAGACGUAGAAUGUCAGUGAGAAAAAAAAACUUUAUCAGUCAAAGCAUUGCUGAUUGUUACCAAGACUACUCAUGUAAAAUUCGUAGAAGUGAAAAAAAGUGUUUCACCGAACUAAGUGCAAAAACCAAAAGGAAAUGUGGUCUAUAGUGGAGUAUUUGAAGAAACCCGAGCUAGUGGUGACAGUUCAAGAAUGGUUUGGUAUCAAAUACGCUGAUUCAAAGGCAGAAAAGUACAUGGACAAAGAAGGCGCACUGUAUGACCACAACAUAUCACCAAAUUUGGAGCGAAAUCAAUAUUCAAAUUACCCUGAACACAAGAAACAUCGUCGAAAACAAAGCGAUGAAUCCGAGUGUGUGUCGACUAGCAAUAAGACAUCGGAUAAAAAUGGGUCAAAUGAAACAGACAUAGCGAACAAAGGCUAUCAAAUAACAAAUAAAUUUUGGUACUAUUUGUUUGUUAUUGGUACGGAAUUGGGUGAUGAACUUUUCUACGCAACAAUGAUCCCAUUUUGGUUCUGGAACAUUGAUGGAGCCGUAGGACGGCGCGUUGUGUUCGUGUGGUCGGUUGUUAUGUACACUGGUCAAGUGUUGAAGGACAUUAUCCGAUGGCCCAGACCUGGUCCACCCGUUAAACGACUUCAAAACAAAUGGAGCAUUGAAUAUGGCAUGCCCUCAACACAUGCAAUGGUUGCAGUUGCCAUGCCAUUCUCCGUUGUUAUCUUCAUGCUAGACCGUUAUCAAUUUACGGCUACGAAUGGUUUUAUGAUUGCAUUCGUUUGGUGUUUGGUUGUUUGUGUGAGUCGAAUUUACUUGGGUAUGCACAGCGUUGCCGAUGUAAUUGCUGGCAUUGUACUGACGAUUUGUUUGAUGAUUCCGUUGGUUCCACUGAUCGAUCGUUUGGAUCACUUCGUUUUGUCAUCAGCCUUUUCACCGUUGUUUGUCAUUGGAAUUCCAAUUUUGUUAAUUACUUACUACCCAUGCUCGGACAAAUGGACGCCAACAAGAGGUGAUACAACAAUGAUCAUGUCAGUGACAACUGGCAUUCUCAUUGGAGCAUGGUUAAACUACCAAUUGGGUGCCUUCCAACCGCCAGAGCUUACCUCAACACGUCCAUAUGAAAUCAUUUGGCCCACACAUCGAAUGCUUGGUUCCAUGAUAUUGCGAACUAUUUUGGGAUUGUGUGCCGUCAUCGCAACCCGAGCUCUUGGCAAAUCAAUUGCCUAUGCAUUUGUGUGCAUGCUGUUGGGUCGCGAUCAAAACGAAGUCAAAGCAUCUGAAAGUACAUUGGAAAAUCGUGAUAAAAUCAUCGUUGAACUUAGCUACAAGUUCUUCGUGUAUGGCAGUAUUGGAUUCAUUGUAAACUGUCUUCUUCCGAAUGUCUUCAAACUACUUGGCAUCGAACGACCUGAUUUUUAUACAGAAAUUUAGAUUUAAUUACCAAAAAAAUGAAUGUCAACUUUGCAAUAGUGUAAUACUUCGUUUAGAAACGUACGCUGUGUGGUGGUAGCCAGUAGUCACGCUACAAUGGCUCUCGUCUACAUGUCUGCUAAAUUUGUGCACACCUGCAGUGGCACUACUGUAAACACAAUUCAAAAUUGCACAUUCGCAAAAUUACGCCUUUUCUAUCUUAACCAUUGAAGUUUUUGGUCAUCCAUGCUUUUUCCUAACAAAAUUUACUGUACACACACACAUUCAUUCCAAGGAAAUUCUUGUAAACGGGGCAAAUGUUCUUAUUUUACACAUCUCAAAUUGAAAUGUACACAUUUUUAUUCUAACCAAAUAUUGUUAUGUAUGAUGCGGUAUGAUGUAUUCGUUUUUAGUAAAACUAUUUGUCAAUUUACACAAAGAAUCUAUAUAAGUUCACAAUACAGCCAUAUAGAUGCAAUGCGAAUAUGAAUCAAGUGAAUUUAUCUAGUUUUUCUCUCGUAUACAUUUAAAUAGAUUAAGCACAGUAGCGGCAAUUCCAUGUCACACAUCACCAGAGAAUUGAUUAAUAAAUUUAGCAAUGAUAAGCACGAGCAACUCAAAUCAAAUAAUUUAUUGGCCAAAUAAAUCGAAUCCAUCGAAA